UGCUGACUGGAGAGGUUCCUAUAAGGUGUCAGGACGUGGCGGUCUAUUUCUCCAUGGAGGAGUGGGAGUAUGUAGAAGGACACAAGGAUCAGUACAAGGAUCAGGUCAUGAUGGAGGAUCAGCAGCCCCUCACAUCAGCAGUCAGAUCCAGUAAGAGAACAGCACCAGAGAGGUGUCCCCGUCCUCUUCUUCCACAGGAUGAUCAGGGUGAAGAUCCGAACAAUAUUAAUGCUCCAGAGACAGAUGUGAGCGGUGAUGAGCAGUAUAAGGAGGACAUUACUACAGGGAAAGAUCUGAUCUAUAGUAAUACUACAGACUUAAGGGAAGAGACAGAUGCAAGUGCUUGUAGCAGGAGAUCAGAGGAGAAUCUUAUAUCUUCAGAUUAUAAAGCAGAUGAUGAUAUCACACAAGAUACAUAUGAAGAACAUUCCAUUAUCCCAGAUACACCCUCAGCCCUUCACAGCCAAGAUCUGUCAUCUCAUCCUUAUAUACAGGUCCUGUCUUCUCACUCAUCACAGAAAGGUCACAGAAGGGGUGUUGGACAUCAACGAGCUCAUACAGGAAAGAAACCAUAUUCAUGCUCAGAAUGUGGGAAAUGUUCUAUUAAGAAAUCAGUUGUUAUUAAACAUAAAAGAACUCACACAGGGGAGAAGCCAUUUUCAUGUUUACAGUGUGGAAAAUGUUUUACUGAAAAAUCAAAUCUUGUUAAACAUCAGAGAACUCACACAGGGGAGAAGCCUUUUUCAUGUUCACAAUGUGGAAAAUGUUUUACUGAAAAAUCAAGUCUUGUUCAACAUCAAAGAACUCACACAGGAGAGAAGCCAUUUUCAUGUUCACAAUGUGGGAAAUGUUUUACUGAAAAAUCAAAUCUUGUUAAACAUCAAAGAACUCACACAGGAGAGAAGCCAUUUUCAUGCUCAGAAUGUGGGAAACGUUUUACUUGCAAAUCAGAUGUUACUCGACAUCAAAGAACUCACACAGGGGAGAAACCAUUUUCAUGUUCAGAAUGUGGGAAAUGUUUUACUGAUAAAUCAAAUCUUGUUCAACAUAAAAGGACUCACACAGGGGAGAAGCCAUUUUCAUGCUCAAUAUGUGGGAAACGUUUUACUUGCAAAUCAGAUGUUACUCGACAUAAAAUAACUCACACAGGGGAGAAACCAUUUUCAUGUUCAGAAUGUGGGAAAUGUUUUACUGAUAAAUCAAGUCUUCUUAAACAUCAGAAAACUCACACAGGAGAGAAGCCAUGUUCAUGUUCAGAAUGUGGGAAAUGUUUUACUCGCAAUUCAAGUCUUACUAAGCAUAAAAGAACUCACACAGGGGAGACGCCAUAUUCAUGUUCAGAAUGUGAGAAAUGCUUUACUCAUUAUACAAGUCUUUAUAGGCAUAAAAGAACUCACACAGGAGAGAAGCCAAUUCAGAACAAUAAAUGAUGCAGAAAACAUCUAUAUAUUAUCCAUGUACAUAGGAUAUCUGACAUUUAUACAUAUAUCAUAUACUGCAUCUCCAAACUUGUUCCCAAUCGUUUUUUUAGAAGACCCAACAGGCAUAAUCCAUGGGGAGCUGCUACUGGAGACCCAAACACCUCACAGAGAAGGGACUUAUUCCAGUGAUGAAGAAUUCCAGGACGGUCCGGGCUUCACCUGCUGAGACCCUUUUAGAAAGGUUGUGUUAUCCCAAUCCUAGCUGAUCAUGUGGUGUCCGAUCACUGGACACCUCAGUCUGUGCUCGGCUGUUUCUGCAGCUCCCAUAGUGAAUGUACCUCCUCCC